AUGGCAACUGUCGCAAAACCAACCAGCUGCUGCGGAAAGACCUCUGACUGCGUCUGCGCCAGAGAAGCUACCUGCUCUUGUGGAGAAAAGCCAGCCCUAGCCUGCUCCUGCUCCAAGUCUGCGUCGGAAAACCAAGUCACCGGUGCCCGUUGCUCGUGCGGAAAACGCCCCGCUCAGGCUUGUACCUGCUCUCGCGCCGCCUCUGAGAACCUUGUUGUCAAGGGUGAAAGUUGUGUUUGUGGGAGCAGACCGAAGGAUAGCUGCACUUGUGAAAUGAACAAGAGCGGUGCUGGAUUACGGGCCCAUGAGGUUGAUUUUACCAAUUUGAAAUAA